UUUAUUCUUCAUGUAUGUGCCUUUUGAAGUUGUAAAUUUACUAUUUGCCUAAAGUAUAUCACUUGUACUAUUUGUUUUGCAUCCAUUUUUGACCUUAGAUUAUAUAUGAGCUAUGCAGUUGUUGGGAUAAUUUGUUGAUUUGACUGGGAUGCAUUGAAGUAAAAUUAUAUUUAUUUUAGCUGAUAGGGGUUUGGGUUUUGUGAUGUCUAUAUUUAGAAUCUCUAGUUAGCAAUUAUAUGUUUAAUAAAUAAUGUUGUUAACAAGUUGUUCUGGUAUAGAAUUGUAAUAAAACUGGGCAGUAAUGAUGCUGGAUGUUGUGGUAAUAUCUUAACAAUCUUUCCUAUACUAUAAUAAAUGAUUCUGAAGGCUGAUAUUUCUCUGAGUUAUUUUCAGAAGACUUUUAAAGUCUUCUUUUGAAAUAAAUUUAGAUACUGUUUGAUCUGCAUGUUUGUUCCAUGUGGCAAAAAAAUUUAACCCAUAAUACUAUGAUUUUAUUGGUAAUAUGGUUCUUGGUAAUAUAGUUCAAAAUGUACGGACCCUGCAUGAUUGGGGGUGCCAAUUGCUGGUGCUCUUAAGGCUCUUUAGUUUUCCCUCAAAUAUCCCUAUGAUUUUUUUAGGUAGCGCAGUGGUGAGGAGGAAGAGUUUGUACCAGCUCAAAAAUGAAACUGUUUAGGCAAUAGGCCAAGUUCUGUUGUAAGUUGAAGGCAGAGAUAACUUCCCCCUUGUUUUUGGGCAAAGGAAUCAUCUGGUUAGAACUUCAACAUUGAAUUCAACUAUGAAUAUAGAUACAUAUAACUUGUAAAGUAUAUAGACCACCUUAAAUACUUGAAGCCUGCAGAGAACAGGAAAAUGAAAAUGAGAUAUGGUUAAUUGCAGAGUCUGUUGGAGCACUUGUGUUAAAGUAAAUGUGAAAAAGGAGAAAUUGUGCAGUGGUAUGACUAUACCAAAGUGUGAAUCACCUGGAUUAAUACAUUUUAAACAUUAACAAAGCAAAUGAAACAAUGUACUAACAAGUUUUCAUGAGAAAUUGGAACAUGCAGCAGACAUCUGCAGAAUGCACCUAGUAGGGCUCUAAUGUCCAUUCAGAACCAUUGAUAAAUGUGGGAUAAGAACUUGUCCUGGGUCCUGUAUCCCAAUUCCUCAUCUUUGUUCUUUUGCUUUUGUGCUUUUUGAUGACCUGAAGUUGAAUGAACAAAGUUACUUAUAAGUUACUUUUUAUACUUUUUCCAUGCUUCAGUUAGUGCAUUUGUUGAGGUAGCCCCCAGGAAUUACUACAAUUGUACUGAUUGAAUCCAUCUAACACCACCUUUCAACUGCAAAAACCUGGUUUUGAAGGAAAAGAGGUGCAAGUUGAGCAAUCUAUUUGAUGUUUUGAACUUUUUAUUAUUAAGUGCCAAAAAUGAAGGUUGGUCCCACUGCAUGAUUUGUUAAAGAAUGUAUUUGAUCUUUUAGCAUAACAGAAAUUCAUGCCUGUAUGAAGAAUGUUCAAGUUCUUAUUGAUGUGGACAGACCCAAUCAGGAACAUCUCUGUUCUCUAAUUGCUAGAGAACUCUUUUUGAUUCCAACAUAGCAGAGGUAGACAUGGUCAAGUAUAGAGUAAAUUUGGAAAGAGGGGUAUGGUGUCCAUCUAAUGUUAAAAAAAUCCAUUUUUGUUUCAUAAAUCCAUGGAGAACAAUUAGAUUUUUCGUGGGUCUACGGCAUUUUCCUGGACUACCUUACAGUGCAUGCCUUGCAUCACUGAGGGGACUCAGAAUACAUGAUUGGCCAAUAGUUGACCUUUAAUUUCUAUGCUUUUAAUUAUUCUUGUUCUUUUAUUUUAUCCUCAUCAUUAUGAUUGUCUCCUUUUUUUUUUAUAGGUAUUAUGAUUAUGUCUCCUUUAAUCAACGUUUUAAACAAUGGUCCGAUUGUUGGUACUACUUGAAGACAGGAACUUGCAAGUUUGGAGCCACAUGCAAGUUUCAUCAUCCUAGAGACAAGGCUGGAAUUGCUGGAAGAGUUUCUUUAAAUAUUUUAGGCUAUCCACUGCGGCCGGAUGAGAUUGACUGUGCUUAUUAUUUAAGAACUGGACAGUGCAAGUUUGGAAGUACAUGUAAAUUUCACCAUCCUCAACCAUCUAAUAUGAUGGUUUCAUUGCGUGGUUCUCCUGUUUAUCCUUCUGUUCCUUCUCCAACAACUCCUGGUCAGCAGUCAUAUGCUGGAGGGAUCACAAACUGGCCCUUGUCAAGAGCAUCUUUUAUACCCAGCCCACGCUGGCAAGCUCCCUCAAGUUAUGCACCUUUGAUGCUACCUCAGGGAGUGGUAUCAGUCCCAGGCUGGAAUGCAUAUAGUGGUCAGUUGGGUUCACCUUCAGAGAGCCAGCAGCAAACAGGAGGAAACAAUCAGAUUUAUGGAACUUCACGGCAGAGUGAACAACCAAAUACAGGAUCUCAAGGGACAUUUUCUCCAUACCGGUCUGGCUCUGUUCCCAUAGGAUUUUAUGCAUUGCAGAGAGAGAAUGUAUUUCCUGAGAGACCUGGACAGCCUGAAUGCCAGUUUUACAUGAAAACUGGAGAUUGUAAGUUUGGUGCGGUUUGUAGGUUCCAUCAUCCCAGAGAAAGACUGAUCCCUACUCCAGAUUGUGUUUUGAGUCCCAUAGGCCUCCCUUUACGUCCGGGAGAACCUUUGUGCAUUUUUUAUUCUCGUUAUGGGAUCUGCAAAUUUGGUCCAAGUUGCAAGUUUGACCACCCUAUGGGAAUCUUCACAUGCAAUCUGUCUGCAUCAUCUUCAGCUGAUGCUCCAGUUGUUCGACGAUUGUUGGGGUCAUCAUCAGGAAGUGCCGCAUUAACUUUGUCAUCAGAUGGGCUUGUUGAAGCAGGCUCCACAAAGCCCAGGCGACUUUCACUGCCAGAGACAAGACAGAUGCCUCCUGGUGAUGAUAAUAUUGAUACAGAGGGAUGAUCACUCCUCAAGAAUUGAGCUGGUUACUUCCUUACAACAAUCUUUUGGAGUAUAAAACAAGAGUUAUCUGUAAAUUCAUUUCCCAUUGUUGGAGAUGUACAGAGUUCAUGUUAAGUCAAGUCUGUUCUUCUGAAAAGUGCAUCUCAGUUGACAGACUUGACUCCUCUGCACCUCAUUUUGCUGCUUUGUAUAAAUCUGCAUACAUUGUCACAUUUGGUGAAACCCAAUGUGAACAUUUCAUCUGUUCCAAAGUCCAUCUUUCUGGUUCCUGCAACUUUUUUUUCCCAGUAUUUUAUAUAUGUUACAUCAAACAUUCCCUUAGUAGCUAUUGGCAGCCUCUGGCUUUCCAGUGAAUCUUUGGUCACAAGCACCCUGGUUUGAAAUCCUCACUAGUCACCCUGGUUUGAAAUCCUCGCCCUGCAUCCUAGAUUUUUUUUCCUUCCCUUUCACCUCUUUUCGUUUUCCCCAUUAUGGUUGAAUUUGCUUUACCUGGCUUUGUGUUAGUACUACUGUUACCUUUUUUGUGACUCCUGUUGAGUCCUUUAAUCCCAACUGUAAUUCCUGUUCUACAAAGUUAGUUUUCCUGGAGAAUAACCUGACUUGUAUCUCAGACCUUCAAACCCAACUGUAAUCCCUGCUAUAUGAUAUUUUUUUUUGUUGCAUAGUUAUUUUGGUAGAUAGGUUUCACCUUUGCAGAAUUCUCAGUGGGCCGACUGUUGGUUUGAAAGAUGGCUUCUGAAAGCAGCAGAAUGAAACAAAAGGAUCUUGCUCAUGUCCUCACCAGGUGAAAUUCUUCCAACCUCAACCCCAACCUCCAAGACGACCUUUGUAUCUCUUGAGGGCUCUCUCUCUGGUUCAAAUUGCUAGUUCUUUUUCUGCAAGGAGAAUCUUGAUCAGCUCGUGGUUUGGUUCAGUUUCAUUUUGCAAUGUCGAGUUCUCAACAAUUGACUUUGUGGGAGGAUAAUUCAAACAGCAGACAGUCAGAGAAAGAAUGUAUGGACCAGUCAUGGAGCUACACUAGUCUUCUGAAAAAUUACAUCCUUGAAGGAAUCCUAGCAGGUACGAAGGGAACAUGAAAAAUACAAUAUUUAUCAGGUUUUAGUGGUUGAGUAUUAUACCUAUUUGAAACUUGCUGAAAUUGUGCUUAUUCUUGCAAGCAGGUUUUGCAAUCUCUUGCUGACUGCCAAAUUUUUUGUAAUUGGUUUUAAAUAUGCUUGUAUGCAUCUUUGUUACUCUUUUUUGAGAUGCUUGAUUGCGAAUUAUGCAGUAUUCCCAGUUGAACUGUGAGCUUCAGUAAUAAAAAAGGCAGAUUCAGAUAGUAGAAUUUGAACUUGAA